CACCGUGCCUGUGCCAUGGAGCCAGCUCUGUGGGGCCCCAAGCCCUCCCGAGGGUGCCGGGGCACGGAGCCCUCCGCGGUCGGUGCGGGAACAGGAGGCCCCACCCCAGGGCGGCUGCUGACGCCACGCAAGGGCCCGGGUGUCCGGGAUCGGAGCAGGAAGCGGGAGCCGGCGGCGGCGGUGGGGCCCUUGGAGCCAGGACAGGGGCUGGUGGGGAGUGGCCAGCGUGGGGCCGGGGCAGCCCAGGGCCCCGGCCCCACCAUGCACGCACUGGGGCAGCUCCUGCUGCUGCUGGUGCUGGGGUCGGUGGGUGGCCGUGGGGACCCCCGCGACAGCCUCGCCUGCUCCCAGGGCCUCACCUGCCGCCUUUUGGACACCGAUGUGCUGUGCGGGACAGAGCCCCCGGGGCCCAGGCACGGGCUGGCCCUGGCUCGUCUGCGGCUGGAGCCGGCCCUGCGCUGCACCGAGCCCACGGCCUGUGUGCCCUGCCUGGAGGCACGCGUGCGCCUGGCCUUGCCACCUGCCACCAGCGCCGGGUCCCGCCUCUCCGCGCAGCCUGGCCCCUCUGGGACAGAGGAUAGCGGUGAUGGGUCACUCACAGCGACUGAGGCCACCUUAUCCCAGCCCAACGUUACUGGGCUGCUGCUUCUCUCCGGGCACGCGUACGCCUCGUCCCGCUGUGUGGCCGUGGAGGUCUGGGCACGCUUGAGCCCCACGCUGCGUGGCCGAACCGUGGGUUGGGUGAUCUUCCGGUGCUUCGAGGCGCCGCUGGGCUCUGAACUCCGCAUCUCGGCGUUCAUGAACUCCCGGGGCCGGCAGAGGCUGAGCCAGCAGCAGCGGGUGCCAGACUGUUCGUGGCCCGCAGCACAGGCUGCUGUCCCCCAGUGCCAAGUGCCCAGGCUGCAGGUCUCCCCAGGGGAGAAGGAGGUGGUUGUGCAGGUGCAGGGGGCUGCAGUAGGGCACAGCUACACACUCCGGCUCUACCACAACCAUAGCCAUGGCACCAGUGGGCCAGGGCGUGCAGUGACCAUGCAGAGCAGUCCCAUGAACUAUGUCCUGCCCACCGAUGAGGUGCUGCCCUGCCUCUGCCUGCAGGUCUGGCCAGAAAUCCAAGACCCACUACGGGCCACCCUGUGCCCCUUCUCUCAUGAUGCUGAGGCCUGGGAGCGCCUGUGGGCACAGAGCCGGCUGGUCCUGCACGUCGAGGGGCAGCUGCUGCUCUGCUCCCUCGCAGCCCCCUGCGACCUCCUGGCUGAGCUGGUGCCCUGCUGGCAGCCAGUGCCCUCCAGGCCCUGCCAACCCCUCCCUGGCCUGCAGCAGCCUGCCAGGGGGCAGGGACCCCAAGAGUUCGGAGGGCUGCGGCCACACCCGAACCUCUGCGUGCAGGUGUGGAGCGGUGGGCAGGUCCGGCUGACCCAGUGCCUGCGGGACCGAGCGCUGCCUGGCCGCCCUGAUGACCUCCUGCUGCUGGAGCGCGAGGGGAAUGCCUCACUGUGUGCCAUGGAGCGGGGUGCCUGCACACCCCUUGCCAGCUUCACCAGCACGGGAGCAGGGCACCCUGGGCUGCUGGAGCAGGAUCUGCAGCAGGACGUGGCAGGGGGGCAGUGCCAACAGCUGUGGCACCCAUCGAACAGCACUGGGAUUGUGCUCUGGGCCUGUCCACUGCACAAGUACCUGCGUACCCACUGGGCACUGAUGUGGAUGGGGGUGCUACUGGGGGCCGCCUGUCUCCUACUGCUGCUCUUGAUGAAGAGGGAGGACAUGAAAGGAUGGCUGAAAUCCCUGAGGGCUGGCUAUGGCUCCAAGGGUCCGCUGCAAGGCAGGCGGGCCCUGCUGGUGCACGCAGCAGAGCCGGUGGCAGAGCGGGUGGCGUGUGCCUUGAUGGCAGCUCUGCACUCACUGGGACUGACAGUGGUGGCAGCACCGGGGGGUGGCAGCGGGGUGGCAGCUUUGGGGCCACUGCCCUGGCUGCACGCCCAGCACCACCAGGCACUGCGUGACAGUGACACCAUCAUCCUCCUCCUGUCCCCGGCAGCCGUGGCUGCUGCACACCAGUGGGACACCGGGGGCAGGGCUAUGCCAGAGUCCAGGGCCACUGAAAGCAGCCUUGGACCCCGGCACAGCCCUGACCCUGAUGAUGGCCCCACUGUGGCACCCUGCGAGGUGUUUGCAGCGGCUCUGUCCUGUGCCAUGCCAGUGCUGUCGGCAGCCAAUGGGCACUACGUGGUGGCCUGGCUGGAAGCCAUGGUGCCGGCAGUGCCCCCAGCCCUGCAGGCAGCCCCUGCCUUCGCACUGCCCAGCGAGAUGGAGGGGUUCCUGCAGGCACUGGCGGGCCCAGCUCGGCAGAGGGGCCGGUGGCUGGAGCCAUACGUGGCGGCAGUGGCCGAUGCUCUGCAGCGGGCAGUAGGGGAAUAAAGAGAUGACAGUG